UUAGUUCAAUCAAUUUCUAUUACAGAAUCUGGAAUUUGAUUAGUCUUAGUGUUAGUGAUGAUACUGAUUCUUCAUUUCAGGUUGAACAAGAGUAGAAGAACCAAAGUUGGAAACUUUGAGCUUUUCCCACUGUUUAAAAUAGUAAAUUACUGAUCUUGAGAAUCUGGAAUUGAAGCAAAUUUGAGUGUGAAGAGAAGAAGAAGAAGAAGAAGAUGCAGAGGGUAAGGGUUUCAUCUCAAAGAGCAGCUGUGCAUAAGCUCGGUGAUUCUCAGAUGACUUUAUCUCCCAAAUUUAGAGUAGCUGCAUCUGUUCAAUCCACAUUGUUCGAUAGGUCAUCGGAACUAGAACUGUCUCUUAGUGGAGAGCCUUUGAUUCCGGGUUUACCAGACGACGUUGCGCUUAACUGUCUUUUAAGGGUUCCAGUGCAAAGCCAUGUAUCUAGUAGAUCCGUGUGCAAGAGAUGGCAUCUCUUGUUUGGUACUAAAGACACGUUUUUCGCCAAACGUAAGGAGUUCGGGUUUAAAGACCCGUGGCUGUUCGUAGUUGGGUUUAGUAGAUGCACUGGUAAAAUCCAAUGGAAGGUUUUGGAUUUGAGGAACCUCACUUGGCAUGAGAUCCCUGCUAUGCCUUGUAGAGACAAAGUGUGUCCUCACGGUUUCAGAUCGGUUUCGAUGCCUCGUGAAGGUACUAUGUUUGUGUGUGGAGGGAUGGUUUCUGAUUCUGAUUGCCCUCUUGAUUUGGUGUUGAAGUAUGAUAUGGUGAGUAAUCAUUGGACCGUCACAAACAAAAUGAUAACCGCGAGGUCGUUCUUCGCUAGUGGUGUGAUCGACGGGAUGAUAUAUGCAGCUGGUGGGAAUGCUGCGGAUUUGUUUGAGCUCGAUUCUGCCGAGGUUUUGAACCCUUUAGAUGGUAGUUGGCGGCCAGUGUCGAACAUGGUCGCACACAUGGCGUCUUAUGACACAGCGGUAUUAAACGGGAAGCUAUUGGUGACCGAAGGAUGGUUAUGGCCGUUCUUUGUAUCCCCACGAGGUCAAGUUUAUGACCCGAGGACUGAUCAAUGGGAAACAAUGCCUAUGGGGUUAAGAGAAGGAUGGACAGGGACGAGUGUAGUGAUAUAUGAUCGGUUGUUUAUAGUGUCGGAGCUAGAGAGAAUGAAGAUGAAAGUUUAUGAUCCGGUUACUGAUUCUUGGGAGACGAUUAACGGGCCGGAAUUGCCUGAGCAGAUUUGUAGACCGUUUGCGGUUAACUGUUAUGGAAACAAAGUAUAUGUGGUUGGCAGGAACCUUCACCUCGCGGUUGGGAGUAUUUGGAGGUCGGAGAAUAAGUUUGGUGUGAGGUGGGAGGUUGUGAAGUCGCCAGAGCGUUAUGCAGAUAUAACUCCAUCGAAUUCGCAGAUUCUUUUUGCUUAAAGGAGCUGGUUGGUUUUGGAUUACAUAUUGUUAUGAAUAAGUAAACAUGUCUCUUACAAGCACCAUGAUGUUUGUACUAUAGUAUCAUAUGCAUAUGUGUGUAUGUCCGAAAGAAAGUGUUAUAUAAUAUACAUAGAUUGAAAAUGUUGUUUUCUACAAAGACUGUAAUUUUUUCAUACAUACUUUUAAAAGUCUGUAUCACACAGUAUAAUUCAUACUACUGAUUCAAAAGUCUGUAUUACAUGAA